AUGGAAAGUCUCCGCAAAAAACAAGAAAUGAUAUUAACACGACAUAUCCACAAGAAGGGCAUGGCCCUGACUGUGCCAAAGCAUAAAUCUCUUGCUCCAGAGAAUCCUAUUGAAUGCACUGAUUUGGGUGAUGCAUUUACUCAGAGAUCUGCAUUGACUCAACAUUUGUUAAUUCACCUCAGGAGGAAACGUUACAUCAGCAAACAGUGUCGAAAAUCACUUAGUGAACAAUCAUCCCUUACUCGACAUAACCAAAUUCGCACACAAGGCAAAUUAUAUAAAUGUCAUGUGUGUGGGAAAGCCUUUAGUAAUUGCUUUUGCCUUAGGAGACAUAAGAUGAUUCACACUGGAGAGAAACCAUUUAAAUGCCAUCUUUGUGGGAAAGGCUUUGUGCAAAGCUCUGACCUUAGAAACCACAACCAAACACACACAGGGGAGCGGCCAUAUGAAUGCCACGUGUGUGGGAAAGCUUUUCGUCAGAAUUCAUCCUACCUUAGAAAACACGAGAGAAUUCAUUCUGGAGAGAAAUGUUUCCAAUGUCAUGAAUGUAAGAAAACGUUUAGUCAGAGCUCUGGCCUUAGCCAGCACAAGAGAAUCCACACUGGAGAUAAACCACAUGUGUGUCUUCUGUGUGGGAAAGCCUUCAUUCAAGGUUCAGAACUCAGAAGUGGCCUGUGCCAGGCUGUCGAGGUGGAGUGA